GUCCUCUAGGAAAAGUGCUGAAUAGGCAACUUCGUGACUACAAGCCCCGCCCACUUCCACGCCCACUAACUGAUUCUGUAUGGAAGAGAGAUGAAGCUAAAGUUUCUCUGCAAUAAUCGCCUCAGCGAGGCCCAACUGCAGGGACUGAAGACACACACAUACAGUGCUGAAGGUACGUCGUUUGUGGAACCUGUUAUGCAGGUGUAUUGGCGUUGGUUGGUUACCAAGGUAAUGUCAAACUUUACAUGACUAUCUGAUCUGAUAUGUUUUUGACAUUGACGCAAAUGCACAUGAACUGAAAGAAUGGCCUGAUAAAAAUAGCACUGUUUACUACUGUUUGUGAACCAUCCAAUCCAGACACCAAUGGGACAGUGUCCAUAUUAGUGAGGUGUCCUUAUUUCAGGGGUUGAACUACACGCAAGAAGUAUUCUUGGGGGAAGAAAGGUGUCCUAAUCAUUUCAGACGUUCGCCAUCCCCGCAGAUCCCACUGUGGGUGGCUCCUAAUCUCCUCACUGGAGUUGGCUUCCUCGUCAACUUUGCCACCGUACUCCCUCUGUUGCUAUUGGAUACCAACCUAGAGGGCGUGGCACCCUCCUGGCUCUACGUCGCCGCUGGAGCCGGGUUCUUUAUCUACCAAUCUCUGGAUGCCAUCGACGGGAAACAAGCCCGGCGGACCGGUUCUGCAAACCAGUUGGGCGAGUUAUUUGACCACGGCUGUGAUGCCGUCUCCAUGUUCCUCAUCCUGAUGUCGGGGGCGUCGGCUGUUGGUAUCCAUGACUACCCAAUAUCACUGCUGGUGUUUGUGGUUCUUCUGAACCAAGUCAACUUCGUAUACCACUGGCAGACUUUCGUCUCCGGGACACUCCACUUUAACCUUUUCGACGUCACUGAGGGACAGUUUACGUCAAUAGGCCUGUUGCUGGUACGAGGGAUUUUUGGUCUGCAGUUAUGGGAUAUCGAGCUCCCAGUAGUAAACAUCCGACUGAAGAUGGUGUUGAUUGCUGUGAUACUAUCUUUCUCCUUUCUAAACCUGCUCCAACCAUUCUCAGUCAUACUGACAAGAGGAGUUGGGAAGAACGGAACCACUGUUGCAAACACAAGUGUCCUGUCUCCCCUAGUAACAAUGAUGAUAUUAGUUCCGGUGCCAUUUCUCUACUAUUCCUCUUCUCCCUCUCCCCUCCGCUCUCACUCCCUCCUCUUCAUGUCGGCCACCACUCUGCCUGCUGUUAAAGCCACCAUCACCAUGAUCUUGUCCAGUAUGACCAAGACCCCCUACCCUCUACUGUACCCCCUAUAUUUGGCCCCCUGGUUUACUCUCCUCAAUGUCCUCAUCGGCUCACCACUCCCUGAAAUACCUCUCCUCUUUGUCGUCACAGUCUGGGAGGUGGUAGACAUCGCAGUGUUCUGCGUGACCGUCUGUCUCCAAGUUGCCAACUUUAUUCAAGUCCCCAUCUUCACCCUCCCUCCCAAUGCAUCCCCUCCCACCUCUGACAUCACCAUGACAACCUCCAAACACCCACAUAGCUAGGUCCAUUGUGGCUCUUCUGCUGAUUCAAAGGUUCCUUCAUUUCGAUUUCACAAGGCAGUUUUACCCUCGGCGCGCAUGCGCAGCGAGGGU